GGCCUUCUUUUUCAACACUUUUAUUGGUGCCCUUGUGAGUAGUAGUACCUACAAAAGUAAAAGAGCCUGCAUUCGGAGACUCAGUUGACUUCACGUCUUGGCUCAGGAUAGUCCGACUGUAAACAACAUUUUGAAAUGCACUUCACACGAUUCGCGGUUUUCUUUUUCACAGUAUUUUCAUUGGCCAUUCUUAUUAAUGGAAAACCACAAUCUGACUUGCAGAGCACAAUAGUUGAUAAAGUAGCCCAGGUGUUAAACUCACGUGACGGCUGCAUCUGGAAGGGAACGUCUCCAUUUUGCGAUGGAGGAUGCAAUGUCAAGGGUCACGUUGUACGCGAAACAAGCACUAAAGGUGAUGGUGAAACCUGUUUGACUGGCAUUAAAGUACUUUGCUGCCCGUCUGCUCUUCCCAUCCUCUAAAGUGAUUAACGACAUGAGACCAUACUCAUCACAUUUUGGCAUCCAAUAUAACAGAACCUUCAUUCAUUCUUCGAUCGUUUUUUUUUCACUCGAUAAUACUAGAGGAAAUUGAAUAAAUAGCAAAACGUUUGGUAUUUCA